UCCGCGGGUUGGAGUGCUGUCGUCACACAAAUCUUUGGUUGUCAUUCGCCGAGCCCACCGGUGUGCUUGUCGAGCAUCGGAUGAUUUCGCGAGGGCGGUGCCAAGUCGGAGGAAAUCGUGUCGUGGACUGACCGGCUCCUGAGAAAACCGAAGAGGAUUUCACCGGUAGUUGCAUCUUCUUCAUCAGCGCCGUUGCUUUUCACACCGACAAGCCCCUGGUUUAGCUAGCUCAUUUGCUAACCAACGUUAGCCGUUUAUACCAACCAGCUCAUAAAACAACUGUUAGCUAUUUUUUUAUGUCCCGAAUUCCAGAAAUAUCUGUUAAUUAUUCGAAACGGAAAAUUAACCACAUGAUGGAGACUGAGAUACACGUGCCUGUUGGGUCGCCGGUAAUUCGAAAAUUCCCGAUUUUCGUGGAGGAAAAUAAUGUAACGGAUGGAGCAAUGAAGCUGAUAAAGCAGCUUCGGCCAGCGUGGGACAUGAACCAUGUCAAGACCAAGCUCUUCACUGAUGGGACCACUAAUAAGCUGGUUGGUUGUUCUGUGGAGGCGAGUCCAGAAGACGUGGUUCUGGUACGUGUGUAUGGGAACAAGACGGAGCUGAUUGUCGACCGAGACAACGAGCUCAAGAGCUUCCAGGUGCUGCAUGCUAACGGCUGCGCGCCGCGGCUCUACUGCACCUUCCAGAAUGGCCUUUGCUACGAGUUCAUGCAGGGGGAUGCCCUCGGAACACAGGACGUCAGGGAUCCAACCAUACUCAGACUGAUAUCCAGGGAGAUGGCUCAUAUCCAUGCGAUCCAUGCACACAACGGCUGCAUCCCCAAACCCAAUCUGUGGAUUAAGAUGAGGAAAUAUUUCUCUCUGGUCGCUACAGAGUUCACCGACCAAGCCUCCAACACCAGGAUCCAGCAGGAGGUGCCCAGCCAGGCGGUGUUGGAGCAGGAGAUGGUGUGGAUGAAGGAGCACUUGUCAAAGCUGGGCUCUCCUGUGGUGCUCUGUCACAAUGACCUGCUCUGCAAGAACAUCAUCCACAACAGCAAAGAGGGGCAUGUCCGGUUCAUAGACUAUGAAUACUCUAGUUACAACUAUCAGGCCUUUGACAUUGGGAACCACUUCAACGAGUUUGCAGGUAUGAGUGAGCUGGACUAUGGGCUGUAUCCUAGCCGUGAGAUGCAGCUGGAGUGGCUGCGUGUGUAUCUGCACGCGUACAAGGCGUCCACUAAGAAAGGAGAGGAGGUCAGCGACAGAGAGCUCGAGACUCUCUACGUACAGGUCAACAAGUUUGCCCUGGCGUCACACUUCUUCUGGGGCUUCUGGGCACUCAUCCAGGCCAAGUACUCCUCUAUAAAUUUUGACUUCCUGGGCUAUGCUGUGCUGCGUUUCAACCAAUACUUCAAGACCAAGCCUGCAGCGAUGGCCCUACAGAUCCCAGAAUGAGAGGGGAAUACAAGAGAAGAGAGGUUCACCGGCACUGACCAGGGGAGCAGGAGAGGACUGGGAUGGGUGACAAGGGUUUGGGUUCAUGUUUAGGGCUGAGUAUGUGGUUAAGGCAGCGGUGUCAAACUCAUUCCAUUGAGAGCCUAGUGUAUGCUGGUUUUUCCUUUCAAUAAAGCCCUAGACAACCGGGUGUGGGAAGUUCUUUACUACUUAGUGACCUUUAUUCAUCAAUCAAGUACAACGGAACAGCGAAAACCUAUAGACACUUGGCCCUGGAAUGAGUUUGACACUUGUGGGUAAUAACAUUAAGGGGACCGUGUGGAUGGACCCCAACAUAAAACACUAUUUUAUUCCUAUUCAACUCAGUCCACCUGUCUCAGCACUUAAGAUCCCAAUCCGCCACGGUUGGUGUGUUUUCAUUUUUUAUAUUUGAUUUAUUCUGUGAAGAAUUGAUUGAUCCAGUGAGAUUCAUUCCCCAGACAGAUAGGUAGCUGGAACACUAGUUUUUGGUGCCGACAUGGAGGACAGUGUGCAGACACAGUUAUGUAUAUGUGGGUUUCUGGGUUUACUCUUUGGCUGUCGCUGCUCAAAGCGUGUGCUGUGGGACAGAGGAGGCAGUCAUCGUCAAGCCCUUAGCUUUGGCACUGAUCUAAUAGGAUUUAUUUUUUGAUUUAGUAAUGGAGAGACUUUGAAAUUAGUGUAUAUGUUAUACAUCAAACUUUACAAAAGCGAAACAACAAAAAAACUUGAAAAAAGGGCCCACAAACUGAGUGAACAGUAACUUGAAGUCCAUUCUCUCACAUCAACACAAAGUGGCUCGGGAUUGAUUUAGUACUGGCAAGUAGUUGAUUUUCAGUAAAUGGACCAUAAAUGUGAUGGGAAGAGAGGGGCUAGACAGGACAGUGAUAUGGUAGUUUAAUAAUGUCUGACGACCGAGCAUCUCCAGUGGCCAGGAGCAGCUUUGCGUCAUUGAUGCUAAACUUUAAACCAGUUCUCCCUCUUAGCCUCUUUUCCACCACUUUAGCUUUAUGGUUAUGGUGACUCGCUCUGUUAGACUUUCCACCCCUCACAGACCAUUUGGAAAAUCCCAACCUCAAUCACCCUUGUCACACCCCUUCCCCCUACCCCCUCUUCCUCCCCUUUCUCUCUCCUUCUGCCCUAUAUCGCUUCCUCCUCUCCCCUCUCUCUUGAUUGGCUGGGAAGGGACUUUUGCCUGAUGUGCACAUACUUACUAUAACAUCCCAACCUCUCCCCACCCUCUAUCAAGUUACAACUUCCCUAAAAAGGAGCCAAAACCUUAUAUAAUGAGGUUACUUAAACCUCAUUACUGAAACUGUGUGUUAGGUCAGGGCAAAUCAAGGCUUCAAAGGGUCUGGGACCAGUAAUCCUGGGCUGGUGUUUUUGUUCUGAAGCUUGUCUAUGAGGAUGUGAGUGAGGUGACCAAGGACAAGACAGCAGGAAGUCCACACUGAGCCAGCAGUCACUUCUCUAGCUGGCAUCACGGCACACAGGUCUUUGGAGGGUCGCUGGACCAAAUAACUCAAACACCCUUCCUUACCCCAGGCAACAAGCCCCUCCAGACUAGUUCUGACCUCUCUAUCCAGGCAUUCAGCCCUAGUUCAGUUUUCUCUAUCUGAAUUUUUUGCAAUUCAGUGCUUUUAAGGGUCACCUUAUGUUGGCUCUUUCCUCUCCAGCAAGCCCUCAGAUCAGAGGGUCAACAUAAAAAAUGGAGAGCCAUGUUAAAGUAUGGAGAUACGGGUAACUGACAAAAUAAUGGAAAUGCUUGUGUAAAUGCAGCAUAUAUUGAAAGCAUGUGCUUCCACACAGGUGUGGCUCCUGAGUUAAUUAAGCAAUUAACAUUCCAUUAUGCUUAGGUUAAUGCAUAAAAAAUGGUGGGUAAAGACAUUUUGGCCACAUGACUAUGCCCCCAUAGGAUGACAAUUCCCCCAUCCACAGGUCACAAGUGGUCACUGAAUGAGCAUGAAAACAAUGUAAACCAUAUGCCAUGGCUGUCUGUCAC